AUGCAAUGCCUUUUGUCCAAGCUAUGCCAUGCCCUCCCUUUUCAUUUGUUCUUGUAGACUACUCACAUCGGUAGGUUCCUUUGUGUCGAAACCAAGGAAAGGCACGCCCCCCCCCCCACCCCUCCUGCCAUAUCUGCUGUUGCCGCUUCUCCUCCAUCCUCGCUUUUCUUCCCUCUAAUCUUGAAGCUGAGGAAAGGCACAGGUUGGGUACGUAGCUAGCUGGAUGCUCCCCCAGCUGCGCCAUGGAGCGGAAGAAGCGCAACUAUUUCUUCGUCUUCGUCUUCACUUCGCUCUUGCUGUCCUCAAUGGCAGGAGGCCGUAGGAAGCUAUUGAAUGAAGAUGAGGCAGAAUCAAUGGGGACGUUGGGAUCCAUGCAGCAGCUGCAGGAAGACGAAGUGGCGGUGGUGAUCCACGAGAGAAUUCUGAGGCAGGUGAAGAUGAACGACUACGGGGCCUACGACCCUUCUCCGACCAUGGCGAAGCCUCACUUCAAGGAUAUACCUAACUAACAAGCCAAUUAUAAGAUCCUUGAAUAUAUAUUGCUUGCUAGUUUGCUACGUUUGUACUCCUUAUAUCUGUGCCACAUAUAUAUUUGUCGAAUAAAUUUCAUGUGCAUUACAUCACCAUGCCCAGCUGGAUUAUAUAUAUGUACACACUACCUUAAUUUGGAAAUAUGUGCAUGUCUGGAACUGUUCACUACUUAAGGGAAUAGUAUGUUGUUGUUGGCAGUUCAGAAAAAGAGUAUAUAUUUGUUGUUUUGACUGAUGGCAGUGUAAGAAU